CGCUACUUUUCGAAUAGAAUAAAGGAAGAUAUGAUAGAGCUGAAGAAACACAAACUAAGAUAUAACAGCAAUGCAUGCAUGAUACAGCUAAACAUUGGAACAAUUUGUGUUUCUAGAUGCACACUAUUCUAAUGCAGUUUGCAUGUUGAAUACAUCAAUCGGGUGAUAAGAGCCGAGACUGAUUUAAACAGGAAUUUCAAUCCAACCAAUAAUACGCUUUGGUCGUCAUCAUCAUCAUCAUCAUCGUCAACAAAAACAAUGAUAACAACAUCAAUGACGACGAACUCAUCAUCAACAACAACAACAACAACAACAACAGCGGCAGCAACAUCGAUAGCGGCAUGCAAUCCAUCACCACAAAAUUCUUACAUAAUACAUUAUCAUCAUCAUCACCAUCAUCAUCAUUAUCCUGAUCGUGGUUACAUAAUACAUGAGUUCAAUACAACAACUAACAAUUACAGACGAAGUGGUUUUUCAUUGUUCAAUGGGAACACUUUGAAAUUUGAAUAUUAUUCAGUAUCAUCAAAUGUACCAAAACUAUUUCAAAAUAACAAUCAACAGUCAAUAACCUUAACAGAUAUGAAUUUAGCAGUAAACCCAUCAACUACUGCUGACAUGAUAAAUAAUGAUAAUAGUCACGUCAAUUGCAAUACAUUCAAUAAUAGUGGCAAUAAUAAUAAUAACAAUAGCAACAGUAGCAGUAUUAAUGGUAGUAAUAGUAGUAGUUGUAGUAGUAGUAGCAGCAGUAGUAGUAGUAGUAGCAGUAGUAGUAGUAGCAGUAGUAAUAGUAGUAGUAGUAAUAGUAGUAGUAGUAGUAGUGGUAGUAGUAAUAGUAGUAGUAGUAGUAGUAAUAGUCAUCACAACAUUCAUUAUACGGCAUCGAUCAAUCACAAUUCGAUAGACAAUCGUUUUAACACCGAAGAAAAUUAUCAUAAUAUAACAGAGAAUAGUAAAUUAUUCAUUCAUUAUGACACAUUAUCUCUUUAUGAAAAAAAUAAUUAUCAGUACAAUGUAAAUUAUAAACCAAUAUUUAAUUCGCAUACUUUAAUUUACAUGGCUAUGAAUUCAUUAAAAAAGAAUAAAAUCACAUUUAGUGAUAUUUGUGAAUGGAUUGAAACACAUUUUGCUUUUUAUCGUUAUAAGAAAGAGAAGUUUUGGUGGCAAGAUGUUAUUCGUAAGCACCUUACAUGUAGUCCGUGUUUUCGACGAGUACCCAGACGCAAGGAAACCACAGAAAGUUGCUGUGAUUUUUGGCGUAUUAAUCCUGAAUUGCAAAAGCAAUUACUCACUGAUAGAAUCACUCAUAAAUUCUUAGUUGCUUGGAAAAAUCAAACGCUUCCUAAAUUACCUGAUUUGAUAGACGUGAUAGAACAUAGUUCUCCUAUAGUAAAAACAUCAUCAGAAAUAAAUACUUACCGAAGAAAACAUAAUGAUGAUCAUGUUCUCAUUGACAAGGGUCGGAAUAUCAUGACGAAUUCUUUAAAAUGCAGGCGUAUAGAUAAUCCUACAAAUUUAUCUCCACCAAAUUUCACUGAACAAGAACAAUGUGAUUUACAUGAUCAGGAAACUCGUUCAAUAUUCAAUGACAAUUGCCACGGUACAUCGACUUCACCAAUUUCAUCAUUUGACCUAAAUGAUGGUGAUGACAACAAUGACAAUAACAAUGAUAUUUAUAAUCAUGAAAUAUCUGAAGAAGAAUUGUUAAAAACUAGUGGACUGGACCAAAUUCUACCAUUGAAUGAUCUUGAUGACAAUGAAUUACUGGAUCUACUAAAUUUACCAUUUCAUAGUGUUAAUUCAUAUUUAACUAACGAUGGUUGAUGGUCAAAUAAUCAUAGUCUAUCAAUAAUAUUGAUCAAGAUAGUUAGUCUAUCUGAGUCAGUGACUAAUUUGACAAAUUUGACAAUAAAUAAAUCAGAAAGCAAAAAGAAGAGGAUGACGGUGAUGGUGGAACACAGAAGUAAAGAGGAUAGUGAAGGUAUAUAACAGUAUAAUCAUCGAGAUUACUAUGGAUAUCGAAUCAAGCAGAAAUGAUCGAAUCCCCAUUAUCAUCUUAAUCAUCGUUGUUAAUUCCUACAACAUCUUCAAUUGCAUCCAUAACAAAUGUAUGCUCCGAGACCAGUGAAAUUGAUGUUUUAAAUGAAGAUUACGAUUUUUUUUUAAUGCUUUACAAUUAACCAUUUCAACAAUUAAACAUCACAAUAUGAAUAGUUGGAAUGAUAUUGAGGAACAAGAGAAUAUUGAUAGUUGUAA